AAAAACUCAGCAGGUCUGACAGCAUCGGCGGAGAAGAAAAGAUUUGACGUUUCGAGUCCUCAUGACCCUUCAACCGCUCGAACUCUGGAGAAGGAAAGCUGCGCAUGUGUGGGGAAGAGCCCGCCCCUUCACUCAUGCUGAGGGGCUGACCAAUGGGAAGAGUUGGAGGACCGGAAGGAUUCUGGUCCUCCCGCCAAUCAGAGCGCGGGCUUUGUGUGCAUGAAGAUUGAGCUUCACACAGACUAAAACCCUUGUGUCCAACAUCUGAUAUGAGAAAGGGAUGGUUUGCAGACUGAAGUCUCAAACCAAAUUUCAUGUCAAAAUCUGACAGAGUGGCUUCAUUUAUCGGGACCCGAAUAUCAUCAGGGAGAAAUGUUUCCUUGUUCUGCCUACUUCAAAAUGUUUUAAUGAUCAGUGUGAAUAGAACAGCGGGAAGACACACAUACAUGCACGAGUGAGAGUAUUCCAGUGCACUGACUGUGGAAAGAGCUUAAACCAGUUACUCAGUUGAAAAAAACAUUGAAGCAUUCGCAGUGAUGAGAGACUGUACAUGUGUCCUGUGUGAGGAUGAGGCUUCAACUGAUCAAUGAGCCUGGAGAGAUACAAGAACACCUGCAUCAUGGAGAAACCGUGGAAAUGUGGGGACUGUGGGAAGGGAUUCAGAUUCCCUUCAAAGCUGGAGGUUCAUCGACGCAGUCAUACUGGGGAGAGGCCAUUCAUCUGCUCUGUGUGUGGGAAGGGAUUCAGUGAUUUAUCCGCCCUGCUGACACACGAGCGAAUUCACACCGGGGAGAGGCCGUUCACCUGCACCGUAUGUGGGCAGCGAUUCACUCAGUCAUCCAGCCUGCUGACACACCAUGUUACUCACACCAGUGAGAGACCCUUUAAAUGCUCUGAUUGUGGAAGUGGCUUCAAAAGCACUCGGGAACUGAUGUUCCACCAGCGCAUUCACACUGAGGAGAGACCAUUCAGUUGUUCUCAUUGUGCAAAGAGGUUUAGUUCGUCGUCUAGUCUGUGGAGACACCGGCGAGUUCACACUGGGGAGAGGCCAUUCACCUGCUCUGAAUGUGGGAAGGGAUUCGGUGAUUCAUCCAUCCUGCAGAGACACCAGCGAGUUCACACAGGGGAGAGGCCAUUCAACUGUUCUGAAUGUGGGAAGGGAUUCACUCACUUACCAAACCUGCUGACUCACCAGCUCGUUCACACUGGGGAGAGGCCAUUCACCUGCUCCGUGUGUGGAACAGGAUUCAUUAAUUCAUCCAACCUCCGGAGACACCAGCGAGUUCACACUGCGGAGAGGCCAUUCACCUGCUCUGAGUGUGGGAAGGGAUUCAAUGAUUCAUCCAACUUGCGGACACACCAGCGACUUCACUCUGGGGAGAGGCCAUUCACCUGCUCUGAGUGUGGGAAAGGAUUCACUCAGUCAUGCCACCUGCUGAGACACCAGCGAGUUCACAAGUGAUUACAGGGUUGGAUUCUGCUGUUAAUCACACCCAGGACUGAACCAUGUUCAUUCUGACAGUUGGUGAAGUGGGAGGGUCAGAGGGUUUCUUUCUGCUCGACUGGCCGGUCUGUUGCUUAAAGCAUAUGUCCUUAUGUAACCGAGUAACCUUGAGUAACCAAGAACUCACAGCGCUCCUUCAGUAGAAAAGAUCAAGUAGAUCUUACCCCAGGUGGGUCCAGAACAGAACUGGAAAAUAAUGGGUGAAAUUGAUUGAGGGGUCGGAGAGAGGGUUCUCCUCCCCCUCAAGCUGUGGACUGUAAGAAUCCUGGGAGACCCCCUACUUUGGGUUUUCUUGUUAAUAAGUGAACACUGAAUUAAAACUAUGACUGGCUGUGCAUUUAUUUUUAAUUUGAUUGUUUCACUUCGCCUGUUUUUAUUCGUGUUGUGAUUACUCUCUGGGUGAGGAUGGUUGACAGGUGACAGGAUGGGAUAUUGUGGUUUGGGUCUUCAUUGACCAAAUGUUUUAUUGAUCCACUGUCACC